CUGCGAUUGGCUCUACACUUUUCAUUCACCGCUUCCAUUGGUUGCUCCGCCCUAGCAACGAGUCCGCCAUCUUGGGGAGGGCAUGGAGGAGAAGUGAAGGCUUUAACCCGGCGCUUCGUCUCGCUUAUAGAGAUGGACGCCCCAUUUGAUGGUACAGAAGUCACAGUUGUCUCAGAGGAUAUAGAGGGAAGUUAUGUGCCCUCCAAGCCACCCAUAAAGAAAAAGAGGUACAAAGGUAGUGCUGAACAUGGCGACAUUGCCAAGAAACCAAGGUCUGCCUACCUUCUGUAUUACUAUGACAUCUACUUAAAGGUACAGCAGGAAGUUCCUCAUCUGCCCCAGUCAGAAAUUAACAAGAAGAUAAGUGAAAGUUGGAAGCUUUUGAGUGUGGCUGAGAAAAGCUAUUACCUGGAACGAGCAAAAUUGGAGAAGGAAGGACUAGAUUCUAAUGUAAAGUCAAGCACACCCACCAUGGUUUCAGAUGUCCCUGGCUUCAGGAAGAUUCUUCCUCGCUCAGAUUACAUUCUGAUACCAAAGAAAUCACCUAGUAAAGACAAGGUUGUUCGACAGCAAAUGGAAAUCUGUGUGGCUCAACCUCGAGAAACUGGAAUAAUGACCCCAUCAACAGACGUGUCUCACAAUUUGGAACAGACCAUCUUGUCUUUGGACACUGGGCAGGUUAGCCUUUCUGAGCAGUGCAUUGACAUUGAAGGACUAACUGAAGAGGCAACAAGUUACAGUUCAGGAGAUGGAGCACAAAAACAACUUCUUAGUGGUGUUUUCUCUAACUACACUGGGUCAGUGGGCGAUAAAUUGAGUGGGGAUAUUAUUCUUGAUGACGCAACACUGGAGAUCGGUGACUCAAGUCCUUAUCAGGCAACAAGCAUGGUCAUUGAAGAGAAUGGGGGAAUAUCUUUGGCACAGUCAGAAAUCCCAGCAGGCUUGUCAGUUCUGACUGUUAUGGCAAUUCAGGAUACAGAAGAUCACUCUGUACCAAAUCCCACCUCACAUUAUUUCAUGUUUCCUAUGGCAAGUCGUCCCACUGCAGAGACAACAAGGCCUGUUAAACUGGCCUCCACCUACACCAGGAGGGGACGUGGAAACUGCACUAAUCCCAGCUGCUCAUUUACAUAUGUUACAAGACACAAACCUCCUAAGUGCCCCCUUUGCAACAACUUUCUAGGUGGAAAAUGGGUUCCAAAAACUAAACCGGCCAAAGAAAAAUGUCCUUCCACCUCCAACAUUGUAACACCGCUGUCUGAACAUCCAGUCCUCGAAGAUCCAUUUUCCAACAUUGCAAGUGGCUCUAAAUCAACUGAAGAGAACAAUGAGGCAGUUACCCAGCUCCUUCAUGCUUCUUCACCAGCAUGUGGUGGCGAGUGGGAAGAGGUCAUAAUUUCAGACCUGCACAUUUUCUCACACAACUUGGAUGGUACCCCAGUAAGAGUCACAUGCAGCAAAGACAAGAGCAUUAAUUUGGAGGUUGAAACUACAGAGAAGGUGGAAACUGAUGACCCUCACAACAAAACACAGUCUUCAGCUGAACAUGAGAACAUGGAAUGCCAGAUCUCCAGUGCAGAAGGAGAGAUGUUGUCUUCUGCAACCGCCCAGAAAACACAGGAAGCAAAGUGCGCAACAAAACAACGCACAACAUCACUGGCAGCUGCCAGACCAAUCCGGGCCAUUUUACCUGCCCCUGCCAAUACAAACAGAAGUUUAAAUGCAAAAUGUGUUGGUAAUGGACUGACUAUUUUAAAAUCUGAGACGCACAGCUCCAUCAACGCCUCUGGUCUAAAACCCAGUACUUUGAAGCAGCUUGGCCAUUCUGUGCUGCCACAGCCUUUGACUCAAGAAAUAAUGAUAAGGAGUGAUCCCCAAGGACCUGCAUCACAGCCGCAGCUAAAGGUUCUGACCAAAUAUAGCAGCCCUGUAACCUUGGACUUGGGCUUGGCGACACAGAGAGGCAGGGGAAAGUGUAAGAACCCAUUAUGCAACUUCAUGUAUACCAAUAGGCAUAAGCCAAAAGUAUGCCCCAAAUGUGGUUCAAACUUAUCAAAAGACAAAGCAGAAAAAGGACCCAGAAUCCCAUCUUCUCCACCGGAGACACAAGUUUGUGUUCAGAAAGUGAUGAGUGACAGUGAGCCCCUGACUCAGUCUCAAAAGGAAACUCAAAGGCAAUCAACACUUCAACUUCUCCGUAAAACCGUUCAGAUACCUGAGAAUGAAUGUGAAUUGUCUGAGGUGUUUGUUCUAAUACAAGAACUCAACAGUUCUCGUCUUGUUCUUUCCAACGUCAGUGAUGGCACGGUUACAAUAGAGCAAACCUCAUGGGCAAGCUUCUACGAGCCAUCUGCUACCCAUUGCCUACUCUGUGCAGCAGCCUUAUUUACGGAGGAAAAUAACUCACAGGCUGGACCUCAAAAGUGCUGGCUAUUAACAGCUAGUCGUCUGCAAGUAGUAACUACUCAGGUCAAGAUCUGCAAGAACACGGAAUGUCUGGCUAUUCAUAGCUUUAAUGACAUAUAUACCGGUCUCUUUAAUGUGGGGAACAAACUUCUUGUUAGUCUGGACCUUCUUUUUUCUAUCCGGAACCAAAUUAAGUUAGGAGAUGAUCCUAAAGUGUCCAUAAGUAACAUUGUGGAAUCUGUGCAAGAGCAGGCAGAAAAGAGGUUGAAUCCAGAGGAGACAAUUUCAAUUCACGAAUUGUUGAACUGUGGUUAUUGGGCAUUUGAAUGUCUCACUGUUCGGGACUAUAAUGAUAUGAUCUGUGGUGUUUGUGGGGUGGCACCCAAAGUGGAGAUCGCUCAGAGAAAUGCAGAAAAUACUCUCACCCUGACCAAUGUUGAGUUUACCUGGCCUGAAUUCCUAACAUCUAAUGAAGUAAGCGUGGAAGAUUUCUGGAGUACCUUGGAAACUGAAGUAUUGGAACAAGCCACUUUUUCCUCCAACAUCCCCAUCACCAAGUUUGAUGCCUCCAUACUGUCUCCAUUCUUCCCACCACUCAUGCGUGCCCCUGUUGUUGUUAACAGUGAAAGCUAUAAGAACCUUGAAGUGCAAAAAGUUCCAGGUAAUGCCAGUGCUCUGGUCAAGUUGUUCCAAGAAGGGUCCCUUAAAUUGGAUGAGCUAAACCUGAAAACGGAAGAGGAGCUGCAGAAAAUCCUAAGUCUUUGUAGAAUUCCAUGGAUUGUUACAGACACAAAGGAUCAGAUGUGUUAUUCCAUCUUGGCACUUUCUGAGUUUGUACAAAAUGGAACUCAGACCAAACAACCCCCGCCUCAUCUCACAGGAGGGAAGCUUUAUAAAGUGUGCCCACAUCAGGUGAUCUGUGGAUCCAAGUAUAUUGUCCGUGGAGAGAGCCCUCGGGACCAUGUAGACCUUUUGGCGUCAUCACGCCACUGGCCUCCUGUUUAUGUUGUAGACAUGGCAACACAGGUGUCCCUUUGUGCUGACCUUUGUUACUCAAAUCUGACGCAAGAGAUGUGGGGAAAGAAUCAGGGGUGUUUUUCAGAUCCAUCAAAACCACCAAAGUAUGUGUCCUGCCCAGAACUGCUGGAUAGACAUUUCAAUGUGGAUAUAAUGGGAAAUGAACCAUCAAUUCUUCACCCAGUCACCAAAUCGGCUUCAAGAAGGGUGGUCCAUGCUGGGGCAGAACAAAAUGGUGCUUGUGACCCUACAUCUCGGCACCAUUCAAUCACCCUGUGUCGCGAGCUAGAACCUUACAGUGCUAUUAUAACUGCCAUUGGAGACAGCAAGACGAGUAACAUUCGGCACCUGCCUAUUAAUUUUGAGAAUCCUACACACUAUUACCUCUAUAACAGGUUAAUUGACUUCCUAACCAGCCGUGAAAUUGUGAACAGGCAAAUCAACGACAUUGUACAAAGCUGUCAACCAGGAGAGGUGGUGAUCAGAGACACUUUAUACCGUCUUGGAGUGGCACAAAUCAACACAGAAUUAUUAGAAAGUGAACUUGAAGAAGAAAAUGUUCAGGAGCAGCCAAUUUGAUGUUGAUCAUUGUAGAUAAUGUAUAGUAUAAUAAAAGUAUUCUACGGAUUACCAGGAGUUAUAAAUGAGACAAUCAAGAUGUUAUGCUCAUUCUGUGAAGGUAUAUAAUUCUGAAGAGUCUGUUUUUACCAAUUCAGUAAAAUUCUACAUCUCUAAAAUAUGGAUGUAUGUGAUCAAAGCAGAGGGGAAAAAAAGUAGAACAUUACUUUUCAUCUUUGAUUCUCAUCUUUUGAACUAAUAUUUUUGUUGAGGUUCUGUUCUUAGUUAAUUAUUUCCUUAGUGGCAUAGGUAUUUAUCAGGUUAGCCAUCAAUCAUCAUUUGUUUUCCCGGGAGGCAAAGUUACACCCUAGACCAGGCAUAGGCAACCUUCUGCACUCCAGAUGUGUUGGUCUACACCUCUCAUGAUGCUUUGCCAGCAUUAUGGGUGUAAGAGUAUUAUGGGGGAUGUAGUCCACAAUAUCUGAAGUGCUGAAGGUUGCCCACCCCUGCCUUAGACUUCAUAUCCAGUUAUUUUAGGAAGAUGUCGGACUAUGCUGUAUGUUGCUGUUCAAAAAAAAAAGUCAC